ACGUUUACGCAGCCUCUCAAUACCAACUUCAAUCUUCCUUCCCUCUUCAUCAACUUCUUCAUAGUUGUUGUCGUCGUUAUCAUCAUCCUCGACUUCAUCGCUAUAUUUAUGUAGAACUCUUCAGGUUCUACGUGCCCAAUAUACAUUUUCCUCAUCAACUCUCUACGACCAAUGGAUAAGCCGACAAUCCUGAUCGUGCCAGGAGGCUUCACACUGCCCGAACUGUACAGUGAUGUGAUCACCCAUAUCGCGAGUAAAGGAUACCCCGUUCAAGCGCUUCACCUUCCCAGCGUAGGCUACAAAACCAACGUUCCAGGCACUAUGCAAGACGACGCCGCUUUCAUCGCGUCAGAAAUCUCAAAGCACGCAAACGAAGACAAGGACGUCGUACUUAUCGCCCACUCUUACGGCGGCCUACCCGCUACAGAAAGCACAAAAGCACUCAGUAAAGUCGACAGACAGCAAAACGGCAAAUCAGGUGGCCUAGUGAGACUAGGUUAUAUUUCGUGCAUUAUUCUACCAGUGGGAGAAUCCGAUGCCAGCGUAAUUAUGCCGGAUAAUAUGCUUCCCCGGGCCGCUCCAUUUGAGAUCAGGAUCGAUGAUGAUGGAUGGUUGCAUCAGGUGGAUAUCUCGGCUGCUUCCUCUUUUGUCUUUAACGACUUACCGAAGGAAGAGGCCGAACGGUGGGCAAAGAUGAGUACUCGUCAUUCGAGCUCUACGUUCCCUGCUAGUCUGAGUCAUGCUGGGUUCAAAGAUGUGCCGGUUUCGUACUUGCUGUGUACCAAGGACCUUGCGCAGGAGCCCGAGCUCCAGAGAGCGAGCAUCGCGAUGAUGGAAAGGCAGAUCGGUGGUAAGGUUGAUGUGACAGAAAUCGAAUCUGGACAUGCGCCAAAUGCAUCUCGGCCUAAGGAAGUCGGAGAUUGGAUCAUCUCCAUCAUCGAGCAGCCAGCAUAAGUGUGAAUAUUGAUUGCAUUUUGCCAUGGUUGGUAAGAUGUCUGAUUGCGUGAAGCAGUCACUUGGGACCACUACGGUAUUUUCAGCCUAUCUUAUCUCGACAAUCCCUCUAUAGUAUCGCAAUCAGGAAGGAGUCUUCAAUCGUGCUUGGGACUAUUUGGGGAAAGCUUUUGGGUUGAACCUCUUAGUUGCUUUCAUGAGGCAUUUCACUGGAUUCUCCGGCGGUAGUGAGAUAUGAGGUGAGGUUUAUUAAAGCCGUUCCAUUAAGCCAAGUACAGUCUAUGCUGGAAUUCCCCCUGUUCGAAUCAAGUGUGGUCGCCGACCACUGGGCGUUGAUGUCAAGAUAUAAUCUUUCAGUGUUUUUGUAUCAGGCUAGACUCGCAGUUCCUAGUUCCCCGGAUAAUUGUGAACUCAAAUAGAAAAAAAAAGGAUCAGACGUCG